AUGGAAGAGCGCUAUUCGUCGGCGCUCGAUACAUACGACAUCGCCAAGAUUCUCGAUGAGAGCUUGAAUCCAGCGGUUAAGGUCAGUUGUGAGGAAGGCAAAUUUGACUUAGGAAGGCAGGUCUUCUCGGAGCCAGAAACCUCUGCAAAUGGUGGGAUUUACCUCCACAUUCUGUGGAAGGAAAGUGACCUGACAACCUUCUGGCUAUACAUUGGCCAAGCGUCAAAGUUCUGCGACAGAAUCCUAAAACAUAAUGAUCCCAGGUUUCGCUACAGAUUUCCAUCUCUGCAUUACAAGGUGUGGGAUUCAGCAGAGGAAAUGAAGUCAAAGUUCGUCACUCUAGCAAGCCUCAUUCCACCUGAAUGCCGCCAGACCCAGCUUGUUUUCAACCUAGCCGAGAUGUGGUUAUGCCUUAUUUUCCAGACCUUACCAGAACUUCAGAUGGGCCAGUGGCUGCCGGAAGAUGUGAAACCACUAUGGUCUGGCCACCAUCUUAAUGUCGCGCUGCCACUAUGGCAAGGGUUCACAGACACAAAGGAGAAUCAGGCCAUCAGUGAGGCGACCGGUGGAAGAAUUGCCUUUCAACAAUAUCUGUUGUCUGAUGACCCCUUCAUUCGAGAAUGGGCAGAGCAUGCAAGAGAUGCGUUCAACGACGUUCGGAACUCCCCCAACCCCAUCAUACGAAAGUAUUGGUGGGACCUUCAUCAGCAACGGCGCCUAAAGUCCCAGGAGACAUGGGAGGCCAAGAAGGAAGAAAGAGCCAAAGAGCUCCUUUCGGGAGCAAUGGCGAUAGUUAAAAGUUCCCACAACGGCGAGAUGACUGAGGUCAUGGGUGGUAGGUUCAGAUUUACUGUGGCACGAAGUCUCGGACUCUACCUCCACCACGGCGAUGAAGUCACUCUUCAAUAUCACUUGACGGCAACACGACACCAAAACCCUUAUGCCACUAAAUCCCUGCCUACAGACCCUGCAUCUCGUCUAGGGAUAUCUAUCCGUGGAAGGGACAUGAAUGGAGAGUUUCAUCGUUGGCUACAUACAAACGGAGAGCUAAACGUCAGAAAAAUGAACUCUCUUGUCGAUGUUUUGGAAGGGUAUUCUCUGGGAGAAAGCAAGAACUUCAAGAGGCGUUGGCAUGUCAACAAAACCCAAGAUUUAGUGAGCGAGAAAGAAUGGCGGGGAAAUGUGUACACCUAA